UCACUUCAUCCUCGUUUCCCCGCCGCCUUCUCUCCCCACAGACCCCAACCGUCAUUCCGCACCCCCUCGCAUGGCGCCGAAGAAGAGAGCAUCCGCCUCCUCCUCAUCAUCGGCGUCCUCCUCCUCCUCCUCCAGAAGAACCAAUCAGAGCCAGCAGCCCUCGCAGCCGUCGAAGUUCGGGAUCCAACACUUCUUCGAGCGCCACUCGCAGUCCCAGGCCGCCGCUACCUCCUCCUCCUCGAACCCCCCAGACCCCAUCCCCGAUCGGAACCUUAACCUUCCUCAGCCAGGGGCCGAGGCCGCCGAUAAGCCGCCGCGGCCGGAUGCCCCCUCCGAAGGCGGGCAGAGUUCGUCGUGGCAGAUCUCGCCGGAGGUCUCCAAAUCGGUCACCAACAAGCGCGUUAGAUUCUCCCCUGGAACGUUGAUAUGCCAGAGCCAAGAUGAUGGGGGAGACGCGGUUACUUGGAAGAUCUCGCCUGUCAAUGAACGGCUGCAGUCGAUCUCCUCGAAGCAGUUGCCCAGGAUGAUGAGGAUAUCUCGUGAGGCACCGAGGCCACAAGAGUCCACUUUGCGUCCUUGCUCUCUUAAACAGGAUCCUUCUUGUUCUAACAGCAAACUUGAGAAGUGGCUUUCUUCUUCUGCCACAGUGGCAUCUGUUAAGUCCUUGAGUUUUUCGAGGGAGGUCUUGUUUGAAGAGUCAGAGGACUAUGGUAGCCACGAGAGCAAUGAUGAUCCAAAGAACGCUACUGCAGUGGAUUUCAAGAGCUCAUUUCGGACUCCACCAUCCAUGCCUUAUGGCUCCAAGGAGUUGAUUGGUGGUGUUGGUUGCAACGAAGAAACCGAGCAGUUGGGUUCACAGGUCUACCGAAAGGCAUUGCUUGAUCUUUUAGAUCAAGUCGAAGAUGCAAUUACUGACGAACCAGUCCCUGGCGAUCCCAGGCGUUUUGAGGGUCAGAAUGCUACAGCUGUCAAUAUUCAACUCGAAUCUGACCCUUCAAAGAGAAGCUUUGAGGCCAAUCCAUCUGAAAUAGAUUCUAACUCUUCGCCUUAUGAUACCUUUCUUGUACUAGAAGUAUCAGAAAAGCAUAAGAGCGUUGAUUCCUUGUGCGUCCAAACUCCUCUAAAGGUUCUUCGAUUGCUUAAUGAACAAAGCGGCCAAGAGCGGAUCUUGCAUCUCUGUGAUGAGUGGUUCUAUAGCCUGAUUGGACCUGGAGAUACUAUAAGUGUAGUUGGUGAUUUUGAUGAGAUGGGAAGAUGCAUUGUUGAUCAUGCUGAAAAUCUCAUCAUCGUUUAUCCAGACAUACUCUUAUCUGGAACUCGGGUUGCCUCUAGUUUUACUUGUUCCCGACGAGCAGUACUUGAUGAGAGACUGAAGAGUUCUGAGCAUUUUUCUGCUGCAUUACUUGGUACCUUGCUCCAUCAAAUAUUUCAGGCUGGACUUCUGAAGGAGUUUCCUUCAAGGCAGUUCUUGGAAGAGUAUGCAGGAAUGGUUCUUCAGAAAAAUAUCGAGAAUAUAUAUGCAUGUGGAGCCAAUGAGAAAGAUAUUUUUUUAAAGCUUAUUGAGGCAAUUCCAAGGAUAUUAAAUUGGCUGACAUGCUUUAAGGUGAAAGAGGAAGGUAAAAGCAUGUCUGUUGAUUUUGGACAUUCUGAUGGUAUGAAGGAUGUCAGCAUAAGCGAGGUUAUUGAUAUUGAAGAGAUGGCAUGGGCCCCAAGAUAUGGCCUGAAAGGAAUGAUUGAUGCUUCUGUCCGUGUAAAGAUUACUUCAAGCAGCAAUGGGUCACAUGAGACAAUAAUGCCUUUAGAAUUCAAGACCGGAAAAGGAAAUAAUGGUCAGAUUGCUAUGGAACAUUGUGCUCAGGUUAUAUUGUACACUCUUCUGAUGUCUGACAGAUAUAUGAAAAAUGAUAUCAACUCUGGUCUUUUGUAUUACCUUCAGACAGAUCAGACACAGGGUGUUAAAGUUCAACGUUCUGACUUAAUUGGGCUAAUUAUGCGCCGAAAUGAGCUUGCAACUGAGAUCUUGAAGGCAUUAAGAACACAGUACCUACCACCAAUGCUACAGAACUUAACAAUGUGCAAAGCUUGUCGCCACCUCAACAUCUGCAUGGUCUAUCAUAAGGCUUAUGGAGGCAAUUCUGAUAGCAGUGGACUUGGUGAUUUGUUCAACAGCCUUGUGGGUCACUUAACCAUUGCUCAUUGUAAGUUUCUCAAGCAUUGGGUUCGUUUGGUUGACUUGGAGGCUCAAGCAUCACAGGCCAAUAAGAAAGCAAUUCUACGCCCACAUACUCGAAGAGGAGACAACAGUACUGGAAGUGUUUCAUACACCCUUGUCAAUUUAAAAAGUGAUUUUUCAGGCCAUGAAUCUGUUCAUAAUGGCAGACACAUAUAUCAUUUUGUGCGACAUGGACAGAUUGGUCAGGAGCAAAAUUUUUCCUCUGAAUCCAGAAUGAACAACCUUGAUUGCACAUUUAGAUGCGGUGAUUAUGUGGUGCUUAGCACGGAGGCUGGGCGUAUUGCAGUUGCAAGUGGAGUUAUAAAUGAUAUUAGUCAGUCUCGUGUAUCGGUGUCUUUUUCUCGGCGUCUAAGGCUUCCAGGAAUUGAUCGUUCAUUAGAAAUGGAGCGUCUUAUUCAAGAAGUUUGGAGAAUUGACAAAGAUGAAUUUGCUUCCUCUUUUGCAAUCAUGAGGUUCAAUCUGAUACAAUUGUUUGCUCAAAGCUCACAAUGUGGACACCUGAGGAAGAUGGUUGUUGACCUUGAGACACCUAGGUUUGAUAGUGAAGGAAUAUUAAGUCAAGAUCCUGCAGUGUCAUAUAUACGUUCAGAAAAGAAUUUGAAUGAUGACCAGCGGAGAUCCAUUCAAAAGAUUCUAGCUACAAAGGAUUACACUCUUAUUUUAGGAAUGCCUGGAACGGGAAAGACAUCCACGAUGGUGCAUGCUGUGAAAGCGUUACUAAUAAGAGGAGCUUCCAUUUUACUUACAUCAUAUACUAAUUCCGCAAUUGAUACUUUGCUUAUCAAAUUGAAAUCUCAGGGUAUAGAUUUUGUACGUGUCGGAAGACGUGAAGCAGUGCACACUGAUGUUCUUGAGCAUUGUUUUACAGAGGACAUACACACUGUGGAUGAGAUUAAAGCAAAGAUGGAACAUGUUCGGGUUGUUGGGGUUACUUGCUUGGGAAUCAAUCAUCCACUUCUUGUGAAUAAGAAGUUCGAUAUCUGCAUAAUGGAUGAGGCUGGUCAAACCACAUUGCCUGUUUCACUGGGACCAUUGAUGCUUGCCUCAAAAUUUGUUCUUGUUGGGGAUCAUUAUCAGCUUCCACCUCUUGUUCAGAGCACAGAGGCAAGGGAAAAUGGAAUGUGCAUUAGCUUGUUUUGUAGGCUAUCAGAAGCACAUCCUCAAGCAAUAUCAGCCUUGCAAUGCCAGUACCGCAUGUGUGCUGGUAUUAUGGAAUUGUCAAAUGCAUUGAUAUAUGGGAACAGAUUACGCUGUGGUUCCUCUGAAAUAGCAGAUGCGAAGCUCGAGUUUUCUUGUUCUAAAUCUACCAUAUUGUGGCAACAAGAGAUUCUGAAUCCAAACAGACCAGUCAUCUUUGUAAGUACAGAUAAUUUGGCUGCUACUGAGGAACAAGAUCAUAAAGCUCUGGCCAGCUAUUCAGAAGCAUAUAUCAUUUCAGAGAUCACCAAAGAAUUAAUCAUGAGAGGCAUUGCUGGAGAUGGCAUUGGGAUCAUUACCCCAUACAACUCACAGGCCAAUAUCAUACGACAAGUCAUUGGUGCUUCUGUAGAGGUUCAGACGAUUGACAAAUAUCAGGGAAGGGACAAGGAUUGCAUAAUGGUAUCAUUCGUACGGUCUUCAAAAAACUUUAGAUCCUGCAAUUCUUCUUUGCUUGGAGAUUGGCACCGAAUCAAUGUUGCUAUCACACGUGCAAAGAAAAAGCUGAUUAUGGUUGGAUCUUGUGAAACCCUAUCCAGAGUUCCAUUGCUAAAGCUUCUGAUAGAAAAGGUGAAUGAGCAGGAUGGCAUUGUGUGCAUCUCCAAGAAUGAUCUUCCAUGCUUGGAGGAGCUAAAGAAAUCUUUCCAUCCAAGUCUAUAGUUGCAGAGAUUGUGAGUUCCAAUAGGUUAUAAAAUCACAAUCCUUAGGUGAUAAUCUUUGUUGUAUAGAUUGAUCCCUCUAAUCUGUACAUAUAAGUUCUAUGUUGAUAGAUUACUCUUCUGACUACUGACCAUGUUUUUGGUGCUUAUUAUGACACAUGGGGUCAUCCUAAAUGUUGGAGAGUGUACAUUACAUUCUUACAUUAAAUUAACUUCAAGAAAUGGUUUUCUUAA